AUGGCACACACUCAGGAAUCUCUCUCCAAGACCCCUGUCAUCAAGUUCAAGGACCAGGACUUUAACUCCUUGCGAGAUCGUUGCCUAAGCAGAGGUCUCCUGUUCGAGGAUGAGACAUUCCCUGCCGAGCUUUCUUCCAUAGGCCUGUCGCUGCUCCGGAGAAAACCCUUCUUCAGCCUGCAGUGGAAGCGCCCGAAGGAUAUAUUGAUGGGUAAAUCAGAGCCUCACUUCAUCCUGGAAGGUGUGAGCAGAUUUGACAUCCAACAAGGGGAGGCAGCAGACUGCUGGUUCCUGGCGGCGCUGGGCUCCCUGACCCAGAACCCACAGCACCUGCAGAAGAUCCUGAGGAACCAAAGCUUCUCCCACCAGUAUGCAGGGAUUUUCUGUUUCUGGUUCUGGCAGUGCGGCCAGUGGGUGGAGGUGGUGGUUGACGAUCGCCUGCCUAUCCUGAACAAUAAGUUCCUUUUUGUGCAUCCUCUCAACGACCAAGAGUUCUGGCCCUGCCUGCUGGAGAAAGCCUAUGCCAAGUUUCAUGGAUCCUACUUCCACCUGCACUACGGCCACCUCCCCGAUGCGCUGGUGGACCUCACGGGAGGGGUGGUCACCAGCAUCGACCUGCACGCCUCCCCUUCCGACCUGGUGCAGAUGAUACAGGCAGCAGCUCAGGCAGGCUCCCUGAUGACCUGCGGCACGCCAGCCGGGGUGAGUAGACCAGAAAGCCUAAUGGAGAACGGCCUGGUGAGUCAGCAUGCCUACACCGUGACCCGAGCCGGGCAGAUUCAGUACAGGAGGGGCCAGGAAGACCUCGUCUGCCUGUGGAACCCCUGGGGCAAGACCGAAUGGCAAGGGCGCUGGAGUGACGGGUCUCCGGAGUGGGAGGAAACCCACCACCAGCAGAAAGCCCAGCUGUACAAGGACAAAGAUGAUGGCGAGUUUUGGAUGUCAUGUCGAGAUUUCCAAGAGAACUUCUCCUGCCUGUAUGUCUGUAACCAAUUUCCAGUCAACAUGGGCCUUAAAAACAUGCCCCAUGAAAGAUGGUCCCAGAUGACGUUUAAGAGCCACGUGACUCCAGGAAACACCACAGAAGGACUUCCACAGAACACCCAGUACAUCUUCUCUGUGCCCGAGAGCAUGGACAGCAACAAUGUCGCUGUGUCUUUCAACAUCAUGCCACAGAAUUUAAGGGCAGAAGAAAAAUUUCCACUCAACUUCCAGGUGUUCAAGGUCGACCCUCAGUUUCAGCACUUCCGGGAGAGAUUGCCAUCCACCUUUUUCUCCCGAUUCAGAAAUUCGGACAAGGGCAUAGUGACUAAAACCAGGUGCAAUCUCACAAAGUGCUUCACGCUGAGCCCGGGAACCUACGUGGUGGUGGUGUCUGCAGGCACAGAAGCGGUGGAGUUCUUGCUUCGAAUCUUCCUGAGAACGUCAGACCCUGACGGGAACCCGGGCAGCAGUUUCAACCUCAGAGCCCUGAAGGCAAGUCUUCCAGAAAACAACUCCCAACAAAGCAUUUUCUACAAAUACGCUCAGCAGGGACGAGGCAUUGAUGCCACCCAGCUUCAGAGACUUCUCAACCAGGAAUUCCUGAAAGGACCUCCAGGGGACACGUUCUCGUUGGACGAGUGCCGGAGCGUCGUGGCGCUGAUGGAUCUGAAAGUCAAUGGGCAGCUCGACCCAGAGGAGUUCUCAAGGCUGUGGAGACGGCUCGUCCACUGCCAGAGGGUUUUCCAGAACACUCAGAAGUCUGGCGUUUUCCUGAGCUCGGAUCUGGGGAAGGCCGUAAAGGAUGCAGACUUCCUCGCAGGGAUCUCCGUCAGUGGUGAGCUGCUGGAUCUCAUGGUCCUCAGAUACGGCGACAGCGCCGGCAGAGUCAGCUUCCCCAGCCUGGUCUGCUUCCUGAUGCGGCUGGAAGCCAUGGCAAAGACUUUCCAGAACCUCUCCAAGGAUGGACAAGGACUCUACCUGACGCAAGUGGAGUGGAUGAACCUGGUCAUGUACAACUGAAGCAAGGAGUAGACCCCAGAGUCAAGGUAAGACAU